CGUAGAGUGAAUAAGAUGUUGAUAACAUUAAAGACAACAGAGGAUGGGGAUUUUCAUUCAUUUAUUCAUUCAUUCAGUCAUUCGUUCGCACUCCUUUGUGGAACAUGCUGUGUAUUGCUUUGAUGUUAUUGCCUUUGGUUGCCUUUGUUUCACAGUCAAGUCUUCUUCAUGUGCUUCCAUGUAAAAUCUUUUGCCCACAUACUGUAUCUAUAUAUAUAUUUGCAGUUAUAGUUGUUAAUUUAAUCACGUGUCACAUUCUGGAAUUUGCAAUGAUUGUGUAAUGAUAAAUAAGUUGUGUCAAGCAGGCAUAUAAUCUUAGUUGUAAACUUAUAACCAGCUCUUCAGAAAUUAGAUUCUGCCUCAUUAAUACCGGGCUUUGGUCUCAGUCUGAGAACUACUGGUCCUGCCUGACAAGGUCAGUGUUUAUGCCAGAAAAAAGAUUCUAAAGAGGCUACAAAUAUCAGGAAGCACACGCAUCGUGGUCCUUGAACGCAGCAGAUGAUUGCAGCCGGAGCCGUGGCAGCACCAGCAGGUGUGUGUGUGUGUGUGUGUCUGCGCAUGUGUUUCCAACCACAAUGUGAGAAUAAUUAUGGCCACACCAAAGCUGAUAAGUGGAGCCCAGAAGCUGCUGGAACCCUUUGGAGAAGCAAAGUUGUUACAGAUCCCUGGCACAUGUGCAGCCAUGCCUGCUGCACAGACCACACUCUCCACUGCAGCUGCAUCAAAGAGUGACUUUGUCUGUGGUCCACCUAAAAUGAUCGCCUCUGUCCAGAGCCACCAGCCUUCUCCUUCCACCCUUCCUGUCGCUGGACCACUGCCUCAGAUUUCCCCCUCUUCAUCCUCCUCCAUCAUGGUGGUAGCAAAGAUGGCCACCGCAGGAGGAGUGAGUGCCAACAGUCAACUCCAGGUGACCAAACCUCCUCUGAGCCAGGUGUCUUCCAUGACUCAGGCCACAACACCCGGACGGACAGUGGUGAUAACUGUACCGAGGACAGCCACUCCACAGCCGGUCACUGUGGCUCCUCGUCUGCCACAGAGCAGCUCCUCACAUCUGCCAGCUAACAUCCAGAUACCAGCGGGGAUGAUGUUGAUCCGCAGUGACACUGGGCAGCUGAUGCUCGUAUCCCAGCAGGCUUUGGCUCAGGCUCAGCAGGGACCAAGAGUUACCAGUGGUCAAGCACCCAGAAUCGUGUCCCAUCAGGUGUCUGCGGCAAACGGAGGUAAAGGUAAUGAGAAGGUGACGGUGAUCAGGAUGGCAGCUCCUCCCAGUUUCCUGCCUCCACCUUCCAUCCAGAAGACAUCGCUGGUAAAGGUCGUCGGUGUGACCCAGAGUGCUGCGUCUGCUCACGAGAGCCAGCCUCGCAUUCAGGCCCCGGCCACAGAAACCAGAAAGGAGCCUCUGGGCACGUUCACUCAGGAAACACUGGAAAGUGUGAAAAAGUGCAAGAACUUCCUCGUGACCCUGAUCAAGUUAGCCUCCAGUGACUCCAGGUCAGCCAACAUGGCCAACAACGUCAGGGGACUGGUCCGAAAUCUGCUGGAAGGGAAGCUGGAGGCAGAGGAGUUCACCGAACAGCUCUAUCAGGAGCUGAAGUCCACUCCACAGCCGUGUCUGGUGCCGUUCCUCAAGAAAAGUCUUCCUGCUGUGCGUCGCCUCACUGCAGACCCUCAGUUAUUCAUUCAACAGGCUUCCACCUCUGCCUGUAACUCCAGUGCCCCGCCGCCCGCCGCUGAUACAGGACCAAACUUUAACAACAGCAAGCAGGUUAUUCAACCGGCUCGGAGAGUGAUGAUGAGACCCGCUGUGACCUCAUUAACUCUCCCCAGAAAUUACAUAUCAAAGAGCAACAACAGCAGACCCAACAUCAAGCAGACGCUGCUCCCGCCAGGAAAACCAUUACCAGGAACGUUCUCACUUUCAAAGCAGCAUUUUUCCCAGGAUCCAUCUGGAUUUGUGUUCAAGAACUCUACAGGCUCUUACAGAGAAGACGAUGACAUUAACGAUGUAGCCUUCAUGGCUGGAGUGAACCUGAGAGAGGAGAAUGCAAAGUUCCUGACCACCACCGUUGGCUCUGUGGUGCAGUCUUGCCAGGACCAGCCCUUCCUCUCCCCUAACAAGGUGCUCAGUCGGAUCCUUCGUGCAGGGCAGCCGCUGGGAGUGACCGACGUCGGUCCAGAGGUGGUUGCUCUGGUGUCUCAUGCUACACAGGAGUGUCUCCGUGGACUUCUGGAGAAGCUCGCAGUGGCUGCGGAACACCGCAAGGCAACACUGAAGGAGGACGUGUGGCACACCAAAGUGAGUGACAUACGCUCUCAGCUCCGUUUCCUGGAGGAAGUGGAGACGCUAAACAGAAAGAGAAAAGAUGAAGCGGAGAGAGAGAAACUGCUGCGUUUGGCCCGAAGCCGCUCACACCCUGAGGAUCCUCAGUUUCAGCUGCUGAAGCAAAAAGCCAAAGAGUUACAACAAAUAGAAGAAGCUCAGCUGCAGCAGAGAGAAGCCAACAUGACGGCCCUCGCCGCCAUCGGGCCCCGCAGGAAGAGACCACUGGAGCUGACUGACAGUCAGGUCUCGCUGCUGCCCAGACUGGACGUUCCCAGAGUGACUCGGGUGAUCCUGAGGGAUCUGCUGGUGUGUAUGGAGCAGGAUCACUUCCUGCGACACUCUCUCACUCUGUACAAAGCUAUGCUCUGAUUUCCUACUACUUUAAUAAUGUAAUCGUCAUCAUUUUUGGCACUUAGCCCCUUACGUUCAGAUCAUCUGCCUCUCGUUUAGUUUGUUUAUUUAUUAACUUUUUAGUAUCAUGCUGUAGAAGUGAGUGAGUGAGUGAUCAGGUUUGAGUUCAUGUUGUGUUUUUGAGGAGGAGAAAGUCAUGCUUUCAAAAUAAGAUGAAGUGGUUGUGAGGAAACGCCACUGCUCACUGGAAGGUGUUGAAAUAAUGAUCUAUGUAUUGUUGAGUUCUUCAUUCAUUCAUGUUUGUUUUGUUUCCCAUUAAAAGAACAAAAGUAGUGAAAUCA